UUCACACGAAGGCAGGGCUAGUAAAUAUCGAAGUUAUCUUUGUGAAACAGAAAACAUGUCAAGGAGAGGAACUUAUGACCUGAAUGUCAACCAUCAAUUGCGGAAUUUGUCAUCAAUUACUGAAAGGGAAAAUGAAGAAGAAUUCACUGUGACGUGGAAAAGAUGGCUUGUUUUAGCGAUUGUUUCACUUUUAAAUAUGAGCGUAGCGAUGAUAUGGCUUUGUUUCAGUCCUGUCGCAUACAAGGCUGUUUCUUACUACGGGACGUCAUUAAUUGUAAUCAACACACUGUCUCUAAUUUUCAUGAUCGUUGCCAUUCCCAUGGGUUUUAUAGUAAUGUGGGUAAUGGAAAAGUAUGGACUGAGAGUUUGCAUACUUCUUUGUGGUUGGUUCGGAUGUAUUGGAAGUCUUCUACGAAUCUGCAGUACAAUUGAAGGUUUAUCCGACGACGAGAGGUUGGUUUUCGUAUUCAUUGGUCAAAUAAUUGCUGCUCUGGGAUCUCCAUUUGGUCUCUAUACUCCGGCAAAAUUAGCAGGCUACUGGUUUCCGGAGAGUCAAAGGACAAUCGCCAAUACAAUAGCAGCAUCAUCAAACCCUGUUGGCGUCAUUUUGGUUGGACUUAUAUCACCAUUGUUUAUGUUUGAAGAUGGAUACUAUCAUAUGCAACUGAUGCUUAUUGUAUACGCGGCACCUAUUACUGUUGGAGCUAUAUUAGCGAGCAUAUUUAUCACUUCAGAUGGUCCUCAACAUCCGCCAUCGUACGGAGGUACGGUGAAGAAGACCGAAAAAAUCUGGGGAGGAUUUAAAGAAAUUCUUCGAAACUCUAUGUUCAUGCUUCUUGCUAUUUGUCUUGGAACUGGAAUAGGACUUUAUGCGUCAUUUGCAACUUUAUUGGAGCAGGUUUUAUGUCCUUGGGGCUAUACUGAUCAAAUGGCGGGAGUAAGUGCAAGUGUACUAACUGCAUCUGGAAUAGUCGGGGCUAUCAUUAUAAGCACGGUUGUUGACAAAACGAAGAAAUUUACAGAAGCUCUGAAAUCUGUUUAUUUUCUAACGGCACUCGGGGUUAUACUUCUUAGUUUCACCCAUUACAUUUAUAUGGGUUAUGGAAUUGUCGGUGAAGUUGCAUUAAUCGGCUUUUUCGCUUUCACUAUUUAUCCGGUUGGAGCGGAAAUUGCUGCAGAAUGUACUUAUCCUAUUGGAACAGGACUGAGCACAGGAAUUAUCCAACUAUCCGGACAACUACAAAGCGUUGUAUUGAUUCUGGUGUUAUCAGUAAUUGGUCAACCAAUGGAGCCAGAGCAGGUUAUUGAAAAUAAUUCACAAUGUCAUCAUAACAGUACGAUAGAUGAACAGACUGGAGGAGACGACAAUACUUAUGACAUGCGAAUUUCUGUCUGGGUGUGCGCCGGUUUGAUGACAUUUACAUCUCUUAUAUUGACCAUCUUUUUCCGGCCUAAAUACUUGAGAAUGGAAGCUGAAAAAGAGCACAAUAAUGCGAUGUACAUGAGGAGGAAAUCACACAUUCCUGGAUUGGCUAAUGGCUACGCUAACGGGGGACUCGAGGCUGAGGAUGGAACUGAUUCCAUCACUACUGAGAAGGAUGGAUCUAUCAGUACUAUUCCUGAAGAAUAUCACAUCACUCCCUGCUAGAUCAUGGAUUUGGCUAUUUCGCUAAUAGCAUACUAGUUUAUCAAAUGUAUGCAUACGAUAGAAGGGUACCAAGACAUGUUAAUUAAAUGGCACAAUAUG